AUGGAGCGAGCUCGGGGCUCCGGCGGCGCGAGCCGGGCGCUGGGUCGCCUGCUGGAGGCGGUGCUGGACAGCCGGGGAGAGGCCAACGCCGUGUUCGACAUCCUGGCCGCGCUGCAGUCUGAGAACCAGGAGGAGGUCCAGGAAGGGAUACGCAUAUGCAGCCGCCUCUUUGGGGCUUUGCUGGAGCGGGGAGAGCUGUUUGUGGGCCGGCUGCCCUCUGAGGAUGCGAUCAUGACAGGGUCCCAGGGAGCCACCCUCAAGUACAAGGUGUGGAUGAGGCACCGUUACCACAGCUGCUGCACUGGCCUGGCUGAGCUCCUGGCCCACCCCUCUUUCCAAGUCAAGGAGCUGGCCCUCAGCACGCUCCUCAAGUUUGUGCAGGUGGAAGGCUCUCACCCCUUGGAGAAGCCCAAGUGGGAAGGCCAUUACCUAUUCCCCCGCGAGCUCCUCAAGCUGGUGGUGGAAGGCCUGCUGUCCCCAGAAGAGGACUGCGCUCUGCUCCUGUCCCAGCUCCAGAGCUACCUAGAGUAUGAUGACAUCCGCUACCAUACCAUGCAGGUGGCCUCUGCUGCCGUGGCCAGAGUGACCGAUGGUCGGGUGGAGGUCCCUGUCACUUUCUGGAACAAUGCCUUCACCCUACUGUCGGCUGUGAGCCUGCCUCGCCAGGAAGGUGGUACCCCUAGGUUCUUCGUGAAACACAGGGAGCUGUCAGACACGUGGAAGGUGGCACAUCUGAGGGAGCACAGGAAGGUCUUCCAGCAGAUGUGGCUGAGCUUCCUCAAGCACAAGCUGCCCGUCAGCCUCUACAAGAAGGUGCUGGUGAUCAUGCACGAGGCCAUCCUGCCACACCUGGCCCAGCCCACCCUCCUGAUGGACUUCCUCACCAGUGCCUAUGACGUUGGGGGAGCCAUCAGCCUCUUGGCCUUGAAUGGACUUUUCAUCCUGAUUCAUAAGCACAACCUGGAGUAUCCUGAUUUCUACCAGAAGCUCUAUAGCCUCCUGGAGCCGUCUGUUUUCCAUGUCAAAUACCGGGCCCGCUUCUUCCACCUAGCUGACCUGUUCCUGUCCUCCUCCCACCUCCCUGCCUACCUGGUGGCCGCCUUCGCCAAGCGCCUGUCCCGCCUGGCACUGACCGCACCUCCCGAGGCCCUGCUCAUGGUCCUGCCCUUUAUCUGCAACCUGCUGCGCCGUCAUCCUGCCUGCCGUGUCCUGGUGCACCGGCCCGGGGGCCCAGAGCUAGACACAGAUCCCUACGACCCUGGAGAGCAGGACCCUGCUAAGAGCCGAGCCAUGGAGAGCUCGCUGUGGGAGCUGCAGGCUCUACAGAAGCAUUACCAUCCUGAGGUGUCCAAGGCGGCCAGUGUCAUCAACCAGGCACUGUGUCCCCCCGAGGUCAGCAUCGCACCACUGCUGGAGCUCACUCCAUAUGAGGUCUUCGAGCGGGACCUGAAGAAAAAAGUUCCGGAGCCGGUGCCCCUUGAGUUUAUCCCCCCUGUGGGUCUACUGGGCCGGCGGGAGGACCUCUGCACCCAGUACUUCUCCAUCGGCUGA